CUGUUUUUUGUUGAUUUAAUUUGCAACCGUCAUCCAUGCAAUGAAACGAAUCAUCGCGUGCUCGUGUCUGCUAUUGCAGUGGGGAAUGACGCCUCUUGAUGAGUAUGAUGAUAACGAAUGUAAUAAAUACGAAGAAACCACGAAAACCAAGAAAAAGGAGGAGUUGAAAGAACUACUUAAAGAAUUAUCAAUUCCGUCAGAGAUUUUAGCCAGGGGUCCCGAAGCCGUCAAAGCAUUCAAAGAUGCACUUAAAACUGGUGAAAUAACAGUUGUUAAUUCAAGAUUGAUGUUCCUAGGUAACGAGGGUUCCGGAAAAUCAUCUUGUGUCAAAGCCAUGCUUGGGAAAGAGUAAGUACAAUCAGAUGUAUUAGGUUUUGUACUUUAUAUCGAUUUACUUUGCUUGCUUUUUUUCAGUUAGUUUUAACAUUACAGUGUAUGUUCGUUUUCUACUCAACUUUUAACAUGCACGCGCUAGUGUGCGCGUGUAAGUUU